UUGGCCGGGAGCUCGGGAACGCAGGGAAGCGCGCGCGGCGGCGGCCAUGAGCAAGAGGAACCAGGUCUCCUACGUGCGGCCGGCCGAGCCCGCCUUCCUCAGCCGCUUCAAGCGGCGGGUCGGGUAUCGGGAGGGCCCCACGGUGGACACCAAGAGAGAGCAGCUUCCACUUGCCGAUGAUGACAGUGACAAUGGCAGUGACAAGGAAGAUGAGCAGCCUCAAGUGGUGACACUGAAAAAAGGGGACUUGACUGCAGAAGAAGCAAUGAAAAUUAAACAGCAAAUCAAAGAGGCCUUAAAGUCAAAAGAAUCAGAUGAUGAACCAGAACCUGCUGAUGGAAAAAUUAUGUUCAGGAAACCAGCCAAGCGUUCGUCAGAGAAGUGUUUGGACUUCAAUGUAAGUUCAAGUAAGAAGAUGAAAGAAGCAAAUAAAACUAAGAGGGAAGCAAAUACCUCUCAGAGUACAGCUAAGCAAGUAAAAAAUAGCAGUCUUCUCUCAUUUGAUGAUGAGGAAAAUGAUGAUUAGGGGUUGUAUUUUUUUAUGCUUUACUUGCCCAUCUAGAGACUAACCAUGAGGGCCUUCAUAGGAAUUGAAGCAUGGUGUCCGAGUCUUCUCUUACUUUGUUAUAGUCCAACUAGAGAAAUAUUGUAUAAAAUCAGCAUGAGUUAAGUCUGUGCAGUUAGUUGCAACUGUAUGUCAUGUCUUAAUUUUAAGAGAAUUUAACUGUGUAUGUAAAAGCUAUUUGAGGUCACAAAUGAGUAGCAAAUUAUACCUGUAUAUAUUCAGCUCACAAAUUUUCAAUCAAUUUUAAAAAGCCCUCCAUUACUAAAAUGUAUUUUGUUUAUAUUGAAUAGCCUUAGUUGACAAUUGUGUGUUUUUUACCUGUUAUUAUUGACAUUCAAAAGAGAGACACUUCAUUGCUGUGAAACAGAGACUGAAGUUUUCUGUCUCACAGCUUAACAAAAGUUUGCACAACCUUUGCAUUUGUGAUUUACAAGAUUAGCUCUUGCAGAGCCUUGCGAUAAAUUUGCUAAAGGCUAGAGGCUGCAUUUGCAAAAUUAAUGUAGUCUUGAUCCUGUCUUUGGUGAAAGCAGUCUAACAAACAUCAAAUUCAUUUGAAUUGGUUGUAAUAGCAAGGUAUAAAGAUUUUGAUUCUAGUUGAUGGUAUCAACUAAUGCAAGAGAAGCCUAAACCAUUGGAGAUUGUGCACUUUGGUUUUGACACUGAUGGACUCAGUCGUUUGAUGGUGUUUUGGAUUUUUUUUUUUAAAGUAUAUUUGUUCCAGUUAACUACUUACAUGUUCAUAAUUAUUUGGGAUCUCAGCUUGUUUAAAAACUGUAUUUCAUCUGUAAGCUGUGGAAAAGCAUUAAUUUAGUAUUCUUCAAGUAGGGGGGAAGUUGUAAACUGGGAAUUUAAGCCAAGAAACCCUAUAGCUAUGUGUGUCUUGGUUUAAGACAGUUUCUGGGGCAGACACUCUAAAAUGAAUUACUGCCCCUUUUAGUUUUAACUGCUUCCCUUUCACUGAUAAGCAGAGUUGAAAACAAGAACAUACAAGUGAAAAAAGAAAAGUUUACUAAAAAAUGAAACAGCAACAGGCAGGAUAACAGUAAUCAUCACUAAAUACAAAAGUACUGAAUCCCAUGGACUGCUUGGGAACAAAGAAAGCAAGAUGGCAGAGAAACCCCUCCCCAGAAAUGUUAGCCUCCAUAGAAGACCACGUGGUUCAGGGGACAAAGAUAAGCUGGUGGAGAAGCCCCUUCUCCUAACCAUGUGUUGGUUAGGGGAAAAAAAUCACCACAGUGUCUGCAACUCUGUGAUUAUGAAAGUCCCUCUUCUCCAAACAACAACCAGCAAGGAACAAGGACAAAACAAAAAGAAACCUGGACUACAAAACCAGUCAAAUGCUGCUGAUCCGUUUGCUCCACAUCACCAGAUGGGGUCUCUCUCCCAGCAGCAGCAGCUCCAUCAACAGCGGUGGCUGGAACUCAUGGAGGGACUUGGCCUCCUCCUCAGCAGAAGAUGACAGGCAGAUGCCUGGGACAGCCGGGCUCCACAGCCUCCCACUACAGCUGAGCGCUGCUGGGGGGCUGGAGUGACUGUAUGGGGCAGGAGCUGUUCCAUUUUUCCCACUGUGGUGCCAUGGCUGGCCAUUCCUGGGUGAAUGAAAAAGGAAGGAAAAAAGGAAGGAAAAGAAGGUCCGCCCUGGUCCAGAGACCAAAACAAAGGGGAGCUUCUGCCUUGAACUGCCUCAGUUUCUCAGUAGCUAGCGGGAACAAAAGAGAGGCCUGUGUGAGUGUUGUCCUAAUUUUAAAGGGAUCCUGGCAUCUUCUGCCUCCAUGAACCUGGGACAAGACCCUCUGGUUCUGCUUCUGACCCCCAGAUCUUAAAGGGGGAGUAAAAAUGUCAUCCAGAUGGGGGUAGAAUGACACUGAGAGCUGGUGGGAUUUUGGAGAACAAGGUGGUAGGAAUGUGACUUGUGACUUUGAAAUCAUUUGGAUGUAUGGUGUGUUCUGUAACCAUAUGAAACCAGUUCUGCUGUGGGACAGGACAUUAGAAAUUAUUUGCCCUGUAAAGCUUCAUCAAGGAGCAAAUUUCAAGUUGCUGUGUGAAACAGCUGGUUUUAGUUUGUUCAUCUGGUAGUAAACAAUAAAUUAUGUUUUCUUUUAAGUGGUCCAAAGAUAUUUUAAUAAAAAUUUCAGUACAUGAAA